AUGAACUCCGUAAUGCCUCGCGCGGAAAACAACUUGUUCCUGCUCCGUAUCGCAUCACCCGAAAGCCGGUCGCCUUCGCCUUUGAGGGAAACCAAGGGCAUCAGGCUCUUCCGAGCGAUCGGUAGAAAGCUCGCCAGGAGGAGUAACGAAGAUUUCCAGUUCGUCGAAGACCCCGACAGCAGAUCGUCCAGUUCGGACUCGUGUUCUUCGACUUCAGUCGGAAGAGACAAGAAGCAACAGACCUCCAGCGACUCGGGGUUCAGGUCCGCAUCACCGAACCACAUGUCGAGCAGUUCCAGUGAGGCUGGUAGUGAUAUCCAAGUUAGAAGUAGGCAUCAUCAUUCGACGUCAGCUGAGAGCAUCAGGAGAGCUUUCCAGAAUCUGAACGUGAGCACGAGUACGAGAUCGCAGAGUUGUCACGAGGCGAAAGAAAAAAGGAAGACGAAGAAACCGCCGCCGAAGAGAAUACUGAGGCAGCCGGUGUCGUAUACGUACGCGAAAGGACUUUCUGGUUUACCGACACAGAGGAUACCGAAGAACUCAAAGAUGUACAGUAAAUCUUGCGGGUGUAGCAUGCAAUAUACGUUCGGUUUGAACCGAUAG